CAGAGCAGAACAGACACUGUCUGUCUAUAACAUCUCCGAUUCUCUAUGACACAUUGUCUGUGGCUGGAAGACAUUCUUCUACCUAAGGGCACAGUAAAAGGGCUCGUUUGUUUGUAAAUUAUCACUGACUGGGACAACAAUAUGUUUUCCUCAUGGUCUGGAGUGUUCUUUUUUCUGCUGUGCUUCUGUAAUAAGACUCAAGUUAUCGGCUCCAUCUCAGUGGAAAACAAAACGAGCGUGGCACUGGCUGGAGAAACACUCCACUAUAGUAUCUUGUUCAACGUCCCAGCAAACAAGAGCAGCAAUGUGCGUUGCUUCCGAGACAGGGAUAAAGUGGGAAAUUGGUCCGUUAAGAGUAACAUCACUAAGAGGGUAAAACUAUGGGUAAACAUCACCAUGCUGAACAGCUCCGACUCUGGAGAGUACUGCUUCCACUAUGGGGACCAGGUGAACUGUUCUGUGGUCCUUGUACGAAAUGUGGGUUAUUUAGAGCCAUAUAAGGUCUUAGAGAGUGACGUCAUCUCCUUGCUGGUGCUUAACACUCUCCUGCUUCUCUUCAGUGUCUUCGGAUCAGUCUAUGUCUUCAAAUGGCACAAGGAUUACCCUCCAUCUGAAAAAGGUGGAGAGGGAACAAAACAAAGGAAAAGGGAGAGUAACACAGGCAUGAGGGACGAGGUUCCCUCCUCUGACUCAUUGUACAUGUCACUGGAACCCAGACCGGUCUCCAUUUAUGACGUGCUGAAUGUUGACGAAACCAGAAGAAAAAGCGCAGAAAGAGUUAAAUCAAAGGAACCGGCCAAGACAUCUCAAGAGGAGCAAGGGAUAUUUGAAUCUGUCUACGAAAACCUGUGAUACAAACAAAUAUUUGUAUAUACCAUGCAGUAGAUAUGCUCAGGCUAUGUAGGCUUUAAAACUGUGUACAUUUUCUCCUGCUGUGUAUAUUUUCUUAGGAUUAUUUCUGUUUCAUCUGAUUUUGUUUCACCAAACAGUAAAACAUGUUUUCAACAUGAA